AGUAAUAACGGCAUCUUUACUCAUUAUUUUGAAUUAUGAAGGGACGAUUGAGGUUCAACAUUUCCACCACUCAGUAUUUGGUCACUUUCACAGCUCAAAGCAUACGCCCUAGUAUAUACCAAUGGCCAGUCGUUGAAAUAAAGGGCGUUGAAAAUAUGCAAGCCUUUUCCAUUCAUGCAAAACAAGCUUGAUGCUAGAGAUGUUGCAAAUAUAGAUGGUAACACAAGGGCAAGGUAGCCCCAAACGCUUUUGUCGUAUAGCACAACACAACCCUUGAAGAUCCUUGAAAAUAAGGCUUUCUAUAUCACUAUGCAAGGGACAGCAUGAAGCCAUUUUCAGUAGGUCAAGGUUUGACAUGGUAGAAACAAAGUGGAUAUGGGCUAGAGAAGGCAACACAACACCCUAAACCCUGCUAGGUCACGUCCUUCCAAUAGACACUGCUGGUUAAUAAAAGCAUAGUGUUCUAGCUAAAAAGGGAAGGAGUUGCCUGCCAUCUCUACUAAUCGCUGCUCAGUGAUCAUUCUGUUUUGCCUUUAUAUCUGCCUACAAGGUUGCUAGAACUCCACUACUAUACAGCUCUGAUGAAGUCAAGCUUGAUUGCCAGUCUUGCUCUGGUAACGUCUACUACGGCACAAUUAGUACCGCCAGGAUUUAACGAAAACCACAUACAGACAGUUAAACCAGCUCCGAACCAAAAGACAGUAUAUUGGUGGAAAUAUUGGUGGAAACCACAUCCUAACCAACCAAAUACUAUGUCAUGGAAACGAACGUACUGGUACAAUCAUAAUACAAACCAAUGGGAAAGCUCCACUACACAAAGUCAGGAGCAGCAGAAGGAGCAGCAGCAGGUAUCGACUGGGAAAACGACUCAAUCGGUUGCACACACCCAACAACACGGAUCUAAAACACAGUCUACUACAAAUACAAGUAAAUCCGCAUCUGGUAAAACAAAUAACCACUCGCAUUCUAGUGCUUCCAAAUCAGAUUCAAAUGAUGAUGACGAUGACGAUGAUGAUAGUGGUGGCAAGAAUAGCAAUCAUGGCAGCUCUUCAUCGACAAAGAAUUCUGCAAAUUCAAAUAAAGCUACUUCGCAUGGCAAAUCAAGCUCACAAACGAAUACCGGAUCGCAGCAGUCCAAUAAUAGCUCAACACAAGGUAAAAAUGCCUCAAAUAGCCCUAGUAAAACAAAUGCAUCGGUUACCAAACAAAAGCAACCACCCGCAGCAACUUCUAAUACACAAGCUGAAUCACCUAGUAGUCAACCAUCUCUAGUCUCGAAACAAGGUCAGGUUGAAGGAACCUCGGCUCCAUCGACACCACCACAAGGACAUAAUGCAAAUGAUGCAAACACAGCAAGCUGGGUGUUGGCUGUGGCAACUCCAAACAUAACCACAUACUUUGGGUUGGCUCUUUUGACCAUAGGAGUUUUGUUUUGA